AUGUCUCCUGUGUUAGUCGUUGGCGGCACGCGAGGCCUCGGGGCGUCCCUCGUCAAACAGUAUGCCGCUGACGCGGGCAACACCGUCUACGGCACCACGCGUUCCGAAGAAGGACCCGAAGGCUUCCCCGAUGCCGUAAAGUGGCUCCCAGGUAUCGACUUGAUGGACGAGAAUGUCGGCAAGACCCUAGUCAGUGUGCUCGGUGGUUCGAAGCCGCUCUCGACGGUGAUCAUCACGGCAGGCUACUUCGCGACGGAGGACUUCAGCACCGAAAAGGGUCCGAACUGGGCCGAGGAGCAGCGCAUGUACACAACGAGCUCCAUCGCCCCGGUCUUCAUCGUCCACGCGCUCGCGCACGCCGGUCUUCUCCAAAAGGACUCCAAGGUUGUGCUCGUCUCGUCCGAGUCCGGGAGCAUCACCCUCCGACACGAGAAGGAGGGCGGCGGCAACUAUGCCCACCACGCAUCCAAGGCCGCAGUGAACAUGGUGGGCAAGCUGUUGAGUCUCGAUUUGAAGGACAAGGGCGUCAUCAUCAGUAUCGUGCACCCGGGUUUCAUGCGUACUGAGAUGACCAAAGGCGUGGGAUUCGACAAGUACUGGGACGAUGGCGGUGCCGUCACCCCCGACGAAGCCGCCGAGAGUCUCAUCAAAUGGACAACAAAGCUCGACAUUUCCAAGACGGGCGAGUACUGGGCGCCGAGAGGUCCGCGUGACAUCGGUACGGCUGAACCGGUUCUUGGCAAAGAGCUCUCAACACCGCUCCAUCUCCCUUGGUGA